UUUAAUUAUUAAUGAGGAUCUCAAUACGACAGUUAAAUUCAACAUUACGAGAAUGACAAUGGGCUCAAAUCAAACUGGCCCAACUUAUUGUGGCAAAGGAUUGGAUAAUUUCCAUACUGGAUACAAUGAGUGGCAUGGUUAUGUUUCCUUACUCGUCUGCAUCCUCGGCAUCCUAGCCAACACCUUAAACAUCAUAGUUUUAACUCGUCGUGAAAUGCGCUCACCCACCAAUGCUAUUCUCACCGGACUAGCUAUCGCCGAUUUGACAGUCAUGGUUGAUUAUAUUCCAUUCGCGUGCCACGAAAACAUCCUCCCCAGCAUGAACUAUCCCCGCGAAAAACAAUUAACCUACAGCUGGGCAUGGUUCGUGAAAUUUCAUUCAAUUUUCGCCCAAACCUGUCACACGAUAUCAAUAUGGCUGACGGUCACGUUGGCCGUGUGGCGUUAUAUAGCUGUCGUCUAUCCCCAAAAGAAUCGUUUGUGGUGUGGCAUGCAGACGACUAUUUUAACCAUAGCCACCGCAUACGUUAUAUGUCCGCUGAUUGCUAUUCCACCGCCAUAUCUAGCAUUUAGCAUAACACCUGUCAACGAGAUGCUUGACAGCCAAGGCAAUAAACUAGUGACAGCUGCAAUGGAUUUCAAUACGACCAUCAGCAGUAUUGUCACAUCAACAACGACAACUGCAGAAGGUCGCAAUGUCACCCUGUACCGAGUGACAAUGAGUCAAUUAGCCCGCGAUUACCCUUUGAUUAUGAAAUCGAAUUUCUUCAUCUAUAGUGUGCUUAUAAAGUUGAUUCCCUGCUUUGCUCUGACGAUUUUGAGUGUGCGGCUAAUAGCCGCCCUCUUAGAGGCCAAACGCCGACGGAAACAAUUAACCAGCAACUCGAAUGGAAUGAAGCACAUAGUGAAUGGCAAGGUGGUGGACAAAGCGCGCAAAACCAGCAAAACCCUAGAGAAGGAGAAACAAACGGAUCGCACAACCAAAAUGUUGCUGGCAGUUUUGCUUCUCUUCCUAAUCACAGAAUUUCCACAGGGCAUUCUGGGUCUUUUAAGUGCCUCCCUGGGAGAUCCGUUCUUUGAGCAGUGUUACAUCAAAUUGGGUGAGUUGUGUUUUAUAUAUUUUUUUUUGUUCCUUUUACACGGAUAUUAAUAUUUGUAAAUAUUUUAUUGGUAUAUUUGAUUCAAGGACGAUGGUGCUUUUUUUUUGCAGAGAUUUAGGUUUAGACUUAUUUUGCGAAGCAGUGGGAAUGUAUUUUUUUUGUUUUGUUUUGAAGAGGGAUUACAGAAUUAAUGUUGCAAAUUAUGUUUAUGGAAAUGAUUAUGGAUACCACAGAUUAUAGCGAUGGUUUUUGUUAUAAGAAUGACGAAUGAUGAUGGGCAGAAAAAAUGGCAGAUAAAAGAAAGUGCGGUAUAAAUUUAUGGCUCUAAUGAUU